AUGUUCAAUGCGAGGACACUUCGUUAUGAAGAGGAUGUCUACAAUGCCUUCGCGGGGUACUGUACCCAUCUGAAUAGCAUCUUUCCUUCAGGUUUUGUAUAUGGCCACCCUCAGACAUUCUUCGAUAUAUCACUCUGCUGGAUAGCUUCUCGAGCGAUUCGACGGAGAAAGGUUUCUGAGCGAUACACUGGACACCCAGCUCAUCAAGGACUGCCCAGUUGGUCGUGGAUGGGAUGGAAAGGGUCGACCCAUUUCCCCCUUGAUGCAGAAAGCGAAGGAGGGGGAUUCCCCACUGUUGGAUUUACGGAAUCUAUUACCGAGUGGUAUGCGAUGGAAUACCCCGAUUCCUAUAAAAAGCAACGAAUCAACUCCACAUGGAGCCAGUGUCGAAAGGCACCAGUUGGGUCUAUGGCUGAAUCCUGGCGAUGCGAGGAGUUCGAACCGCCGGCUUUGACGAGAAGAACUACGCGCUACAAACAAUCAGACCCUAUCAAAAUGCCCAAAGAAUUGCCGAGUCAUCGAUAUAUUUCCUUGUUGGAUGAAGGCCCUUGUCCUGAAACACGAUGGUAUCCUAUACCCGUGAUGCCAUUCGGCACGGAGGAUGAGACGUCGUCAGGUCUACACCGUGGAUAUCAAUACUUAUGGUGCCGAACAGCUCGUGCAAUCCUCACCGUAACGGAUCAGAAAUUGUACCCAACAGACGGGUUGCACACAAUUGAUCAUCAGGUACCGUACCACUUACUUAAAAAUAAGGAUGGCGGCACUGUCGGGGCACUAUUGCCUCACAAUGAGCAUGACAGCGAAUCACUCCGGCAAGAUACUCCAGUUGAACUUAUAGCCAUCGCUAAAGGCUGGAGUACCAUUUUAAAAGAAGAAAGUGUUGAGAAAGAAGAAAGCACGACGCAUCCUGCUGAGACACCACUGACACUGGAAGAGGAGGAAGCUAUAAGAGAAGAAAAGAAGGAGUACUGGUCAGAGUUUUACAAAGAGGUCCCGUGGAUGGACAGGUUCGAAGAAGGCAAGGAGAAGAAGCAGGAUGGUUACCAUGUUCUUUGGAUAGAGUGGGAGAAUGGAGUAGCUUAUAGGAAAGGUUAUGGGUUUGUCUUGGAAAAGGAAUGGAAUAGUGUGGCAGAGACUAGCAGAGUCGAUAUAACUCUGGGAUGA